CUCAGCACCAACCACAAACCGUCUUUUCUUUCGUGAGAAGCCCCGAACUUCCCAUCAGCGCGAUAGAGGAGAAAGAAGACUUGCGCGCAAAACCAUGGCGUCCACCGCAAAGUACCAGCCGGCUCCCCAGCAGGAGCCCGACGACGACUACACGCAAGCUCCGCCCGCGUACGGCACUGCGGCGGCAUCGUCGUCGCGCAACGAUCCCGGCUUGUUUGCUGAGCCGCGCAGCAGCGAUGACAACAUCCCCGAUGACUUCAAGUUUGGAGCUUCCGUCGCCGAAGCCACGGUCGAUAUUCGCAACCAGUUUGUCCGCAAGGUCUACAGCAUCCUCACCGUCCAACUCAUCGCUACUGCGGCCCUGAGCUCCAUCAGCUUCUUCAGCGAGGGCUACAAGGCAUGGAUCCAAAGCCACCCUGGUCUUGUCUGGGCAUCUCUCUUCGGCGCCAUGAUCUUCAUGGGUCUCACCUACUGGAAGCGCAAGUCAUAUCCGACCAACCUGCUCUUCCUCUCGCUCUUCACCCUCACCGAAGCCUACUCCAUCUCCGUCAUCGUCUCCUUCUACCAGACCUCCAUCGUCCUCAACGCCACCAUCCUCACCGCAGGCAUCUUCGUCUUCCUCACUGUCUUUGCCUGCCAGUCCAAGUACGACUUUACAUCAUGGAUGCCCUACCUCUUUGGCGCUCUAUGGGGUCUCGUUCUCUUCGGAUUCAUGGCCAUGUUCCUCCCCUACAGCUCCACCGGCGAGCUCGUCUACGGCGGUCUUGCGGCUCUCAUCUUCAGCGGCUACAUCCUCGUCGACACCCAGAUGAUCAUGCGCCACCACCACGUUGAGGAGGAGAUUGCCGCCGCCAUCAGCCUGUACCUCGACAUCAUCAACCUUUUCCUGGCCAUUCUGCGCAUCCUCAACAGUCAAUCUAACAACUAAUAUGGCCAAAGAGUGAAUCGCACAAGUGGUAACAGUCAACUACUGUGCAAUGCUCGUUAUUCGUGGAAAGAGCUUCGAGAUUGUUAUCAUGGGCACUACCCUUGCUUUUAUUUUCCUUGUUUCUUUUUGUUUUUCUUUUUCUUUUGCAACAAUGUAGGAUAAUGGGAUACAGCGGAUGGGACGCGGAUAGGGCAGUUGACUUUGGCUUUUUAUCUUUAUUGGUUUUCUUUUUGCAUGGUUUGCCAUUUAUUUCUCACUGCCUGUCUCCUUGGUGUUUGAAGCGCCAACGUACAACACAAGGGACGGAAUAAACUAGCUUCUUGUUUCCUAAUUGCAUGGCCGACUAGGCUCUCUUCUCUCAAGUGUCGAAAUCGUGAUGAAGGUUGUGAAUGUAUUUGAUAUCUGCAUUAGAAGUCCACUACAGUAGCUAGAAAAAAUAAAAGGACAGUU